AUGGGGUCGACCAGGACCGCGCCACCGUCGCUCGCAACCAGGACGCGUUGGUGGACGCUGAAAAUCGCCGCCGUACCUACCACCCGCCGCGCCCAGAUCGAAGCGUUCCAGGCCCGGCGCACCAAGCAUUCCGCCACCAUGCUCGACCUCGACCGCCGACAAGCCCAACAGGAGCAGCAGAAAAGCGAGCUGGCCGCCACCUUGGCCAGCGCCCGCCGCAAAGAAGACGCUUUGGUCUUGGUGGAGCUUGCGGCACAAGCGCAGUGGGAAGGGGACCUGAAGGAGCAAACCGUGCGUUCGUCCUCCUCCCAGCGGUCUACUGCUACCGGAGCUGCAUCGUCUUCCCAGCCAGCCCCCGCCCUCUCUGGCCCCCCUUCGGUGCAGUCUCCGCCUCGGGUCUGCUCUUCCACGGCCGCUCCGACUUACGCUGCUGCGGCAGCGUCCAGCCCCACCACCCGCUCGGCGUCGGCACGUUCGAGUCUUUUGGUCUUCGAGCCCGGCGACCGUUCCUUCUCCCCGGCUAAGUUGUCCGACGUUGCACAGGCCGUCCACUUCAAUUGUGCGGAGGGCGACCGCCGAUUGUUCAUGGAAGUCGCAGCCGCUGCGGCGAUCGCUGUCCCGGCGGGCUUCACAAUUCAGGAUGCCGUCACCACGGCUAACGAUCUCGCCCGGAUCAUCGCGGCCUCGUCCGCGCGGCAAGCUACCGAGCACGCGUCUUCGCCGGUGGUGUGGCCGAGCUGCGGAGGGGCGAUGUCGGAGGCGGACGCUGGGUUUGCUGUUUCGAAGGCCGGCCGGUCCAAGUCCAAGCAGGCUCAUCGGUCGGGGAAGGUGAGCGGGAGUUCCGGCGACGAGUCGGGCUGGAGUUCGGCGGGAACCUCCCGCCACCACUAG